AUGAGAGUCCUCAAUGGCGGCGCUGGUGCAACUGAUGCUCGCAGCACCAGCGAGAAGGACCUGAGUCAACGGCCCCGGCCCUCACACCACUCCGCCCGGGCACCAGACCCAGCUGCACAACGACCUCAGAGGCAGCUCUUGCCCUCGCACCAGGUCAAGUCCUUCAUCCGCCGGUGCUACCAUAGCCUCGUUGUUGAGACCAUCCUCCGCCAGAAACCCCUCGCCCCGUCCGCCAACGGCCGCCAGAUCCCGCUUGAUCCGGCCCGGUCGUCUCACCUUGUCGAUGAGCGUCGUGGCCAUGCUUUCCUCUCAAACGCCAUUCGCACAUCUCGCUACAGUGUCUUCAACUUCUUCCCCAAGCAGCUUUUCUUCCAGUUCAGCCGCCUGGGCAACUUCUAUUUUCUCUGCGUGGGAAUCCCUCAGACCAUCCCGGGCAUUAGUACUACCGGAAACGUGACCACCAUCUUACCUCUUCUCUUUUUCGUACUGCUCACCAUCGCCAAAGAGGGAUACGAUGAUUAUAAGAGGCACCGACUGGAUAAUGUCGAGAAUGCUCAGCCCGUCACUGCCCUGCGACGCGCAGCUGAGAAUUCGGCGACGGACACGCCAGGCGGCCGGCCGUGGCUACGGACGGCUUCUUGGCUCAGGCGACUACACGCCAAGCAGCCUGACGGCCCUGCUUCCAGCACCUCUGAAGUAGUCGACGGCUUUCAGUGGACAAGGACCCAAUGGAGUCAUCUGAGGGUCGGCGACGUCGUCAAGCUAUCUAGGGAUGACGAGGUCCCUGCAGAUAUCGUCCUCCUCCACGCCGACGGUGAGAAUGGGUUGGCAUAUGUUGAGACCAUGGCCUUGGACGGCGAAACCAAUCUCAAAAGCAAGCAAGUCUUGCCCGAGUUCGAACGCUGCGACACGAUCCGAGGUAUCCUGGAAUGCCAAGCCGAGUUCAUCACUGAGGACCCCAAUGCCGAUCUUUACAACUUCAACGGCAGGGUCGCCAUCAACGGAAAGACGGUCCCCCUCACGCUGAGCGAGGUUGUUUACCGUGGAAGCGUUCUUCGGAACACUCCAUGUGCUGUUGGCCUGGUGGUUAACACGGGCGAGGAGUCUAAAAUACGCAUGAAUGCGAAUCGGCAUCCCAAGGCAAAAAAGCCCGCGCUCGAGGCAGUCUACAACCGGGUGGUCCUUAGCUUGGUCUUCUACGUCAUCUGUCUGACAAUGGGCUGCUCUAUUGGCUAUUUGCUAUGGCAGAGGCGCAGCGAGAAGUCUGCUUGGUACGUCAAUGGACAACGGGUGGCGGCUGAAGAAAUCAUUAUUGGAUAUGCAAUAAUGUUUAACAACGUAAUUCCGCUGGCACUGUACGUGAGCUUGGAAAUUGUCAAGAUUGGGCAGAUGCUGAUGCUCAACGGCGAUAUUGGCAUGUACGACGCCGUGUCGGAUACACCAGCAAGAUGUAACACAAACACGAUAUUGGAGAAUUUGGGCCAGGUCGGGUACAUCUUCUCGGACAAAACUGGAACCUUGACCGAGAACAUCAUGAAGUUCAGGAAAAUGACGAUCGCUGGGACAGCCUGGCUGCAUGAGAUGGACCUCAGCGCAGAGCGGGCUGUCGACACCAAUGCCAGCGAUAACUGGGAGACGAAGCCUAUUAAAGCUCAAUCUCUGGCCAUCGGGCACGAUAUCUCUCAGAUUGUGGUCGAGCCAGAUAAAGUUGAGGAAUUAACUGCGACUCAAACAACAAGUUGCCGGUCAGAGUCUCAAUCGCAGUCGGCCCGCCCACAACUUCCACACUCGGAUUUCACAACAGAAGAGCUGCUCGAUUUCAUUCGCGCCAGACCAAAUUCCGCGUUUGCCAGAAAAGCUACGCAGUAUAUUCUUGCGAUGGCUCUUUGCCACACAUGUCUUCCUGAGCUGAAGAAUGGCGAGAUUGAGUACCAAGCCUCCUCGCCAGACGAGCUUGCUCUCGUUCAAGCGGCUCAGCAACUAGGAUUCACAGUUGUGCAGCGUUCCUCGCAACAGAUCACCUUAAGGGUAUCUAGUGGUGGAUCAGAGACUAUGCGAGUAUAUGAAAUACUCGAUGUGAUUGAGUUCAGCAGUAAACGGAAAAGGAUGUCCGUUGUCCUUCGAUGUCCUGAUGGGAGGAUAUGGCUGAUUUCGAAAGGCGCCGACUCGAUGAUUAUACCACGUCUGAAAACGGCCCAUAUUGCCUUACAAAAGGCGCAUGAGGUUCGACAAAGCGCAGAGAUGGAGCGUGCGUUGCAGAGGAAGAGCCUUCACCAAGAACCACGGAAUUCUUUUGGAGGCCGUCCGAGCUUGACCAUUCGUCGAAGUAUCGGAGUAAAUCGACAAGUCAACGCAGGCUCGUCCAGCCUGCGUCCGCCAAUAUAUGGCAGGAGCAAAUCAUUCGAGAUUAGUAAUGUGUAUAGAAGCUCUGUCGAUCGUUCCCGUCCAUCACUCAAUAGAGGGGUGUCUCUGGACGUCACAUCUUCUUUGGCACUCCACUCGCGAUCCGCCGCAGGUCGACAACAAGACAAAUUCGCUUUUCUGGACGACCCCUCCAUCAGCGACGAGGCGACUAUCUUCGCGCGCUCCUUUAAGCUACUCGACGAUUUCGCAACAGAGGGCUUGCGAACCCUCCUCUACGCACAUAAAUACAUUACUGAAGCAGACUACAAAGCUUGGAAAGAUGUAUUUCAUGCGGCGGAGACAAGCCUGGUCGACAGACAGAACCGCAUUGAGGAAGCGGGUGAUCUCAUCGAGCAGAAUAUGGACCUUGUUGGCGCGUCUGCUAUUGAAGACAAGCUUCAAAAAGGCGUCCCCGAGACGAUUGACAAACUUCGUCGGGCUAAUAUCAAGAUCUGGAUGUUGACUGGUGACAAACGUGAAACUGCCAUCAACAUCGCACACUCGGCGCGGAUAUGUCUCCCAGAAUCCGAGGUCUACGUACUCGACGCAACACAAGGCGAUCUCAAGGCACAGAUGCUGAAUAUAAUGGACGACCUAGGAAUUUCUGACGGGAUUUCUACAACCGCAUCGCGCGAUCAUACCGUUGUCGUAAUUGAUGGGCACACGCUCGGCUGUAUUGAGACACCGACCGAUCCAAGCGACACACAGCUGAAAGAUCUUCUCUUCGCCAUGAUUCCACACAUUGACAGUGUCAUUUGCUGCCGAGCCUCUCCGGCUCAGAAAGCCUUCAUCGUGCGGGCGACUCGCAAGACUAUCUCUUCCAAACGCCCUGUCACGUCCCCAACUCUGACCCUCGCCAUCGGCGACGGCGCCAACGACCUCGCGAUGAUCGCCGAAGCACACGUCGGUAUUGGUGUCUCAGGCCACGAAGGGCUUCAGGCUGCGCGGGUAGCAGACUACUCUAUCGCUCAGUUCCGGUUCCUUCAACGCCUCCUUCUUGUUCAUGGUAGAUGGAACUACGUCCGCACGGCCAAGUUCGUGCUGUGGACUUUCUGGAAAGAGAUGUUCUUCUACAUGCCGCAAGAAAUUUUCACACGGUUUACUGGGUAUACGGGCACGUCUCUCUAUGAGAGCUGGAGCUUGACCGUGCUGAAUGUGCUCUUCACUAGUCUAGCCACAAUUGUGCCCGGAGUUUGGGAGCAGGACUUGAGCCAAGAGACUUUGCUUGCCGUGCCGGAGCUUUACGUAUAUGGACAACGUAGAGAGGCACUCAAUCUGUCGCGCUACCUCGGAUGGAUGAUUGGUGCAGCAGUUGAGGGUGUUUUAACGUUCUUUGGUUGCUGGGCCGGCUAUGGCUAUUUUGGCCAGACCGGAGGGCUGAGAGAUCAGGGACUAUUUGCGUUGGGCGAUUUAGUUUUCACGGUAUGCAUCGUGUGGACGAACUGGAAGUUGUUGAUCAUCGAGACACAUUUCAAAUCCUAUGUCGUUCUAAGCGCCUUCCUUAUUACUGUCGGCGGUUGGUGGAUCUGGCAAGCGUUCCUUGCUGGAGUUUACGCUCAACAGCCCUCGCCUUAUAAUGUCCGUAAUGGCUUUUUCGGUACAUUUGGGAAGGAUCCUGGAUGGUGGGUCACACUUGUGCUUGUACUGAUUGUCCUCUUUGUCCUGGAAUUGGGCUUCAAGAUGGCGAAACGUACGCUUACCAUCAUGGGGCUGUGGAAGUGGGGACGAGGCUGGUGGAAGAGGCUUAAGACUUGGAAGAAAGUCCGCAAGGAAGAUUGGAUGGAGAGUCAUUUAGAGAACUGGGACCUAGGCCUAUGGCAGGAAAUGGAGAAGGACCCUCUGGUAACGAAGAGGUUGAGAAGCAUGCUGCAGGCUGAGGAGAGCGGCGAGGGAGCUAUCGAUACUGAUCAGGGAGUGGAAGAGCUUGUGUUAGAGGAAGAACGCCGUGCAUGA